AUGGACGUGCCUGGCCCCUGCUCUCUGGCCCUCGUUGCCCCUGGACUCACCGCAGAGUUCACUGCCUUUCAUGUUUCACCCAUGCGCCCAGAUCGGCCCUUGGAGGCUGCCCCGGUGCACCCGCUCUGUGACCCUCCCGCCCCAGGGUUCUUCCUGCCAUCCAGUGCCGUCCUGGGCCCGGCUGCUUUGGCCUUGAAAUCCUUGCUGGGGACGCUGCACAUCUCCUGCCUACUGGAACCCCCUGCCAAGACCCUGACUGCUUCCCUGCUUGGAGCCAAGACUGUGGCCGCGGUGAUCGGAGGAGCCGUGGCCGUGGGCACCGUGCCGGCGGUGCUGAGCGCCCUCGGCUUCACCGGGGGGGGCAUCGCAGCCUCCUCCAUAGCGGCCAAGAUGAUGUCAGCAGCCGCCAUCGCCAACGGAGGAGGAGUGGCCUCGGGGAGCCUCGUGGCUAUUCUGCAGUCCCUGGGAGCAGCUGGACUGUCCCUGCCGUCCCAAAUCAUCCUGGGCUCCAUUGGGUCAGCCCUGGCGUCCCUCAUCGUGUAGACCCUCAUCACCCCCAGUGCAGAGAAGAGGACCGACCGGGGGGGCCCUGCCCACCAGCCUCAUGCAGUGGGGACCAGACCCAGGGUGACAAUGGCCCCAUGCUGUACCCCCAGAGGAAAAUAAGGAAUAAAAAUGAGCUGUUGAGACUUC